UAGUGGAGUAAAUUCAUAAAGUGUUACGAAACAACAAAAUGUUCAUGUUGCUGAUGUUGUGAAAAUGUAUGUGUCAGUCCCUGGGUGUUUUUUAGCCAUGCUAGCAGCAAUGUCCAGAGAUGUCAAUGUCAGCGCACCACUGCGGCCCAAAUAUCUCAGCAGCUACUGAGUGAAUUGAUAUCAAAGUUUACACAGACAUUUAUGGUGCCCAGAUGAUGGAUUGUAAUAGCACUGGUGAUCUCUAAACCUUUUAUCCAGCGCCAUCAUUGCAAAAUCUCAAUUUUUCCAAUACUGUGGUUUAUGACAAAAUAUUUUCCUUGGCUAUGUUUUGUUUAGUGCUAAUCAUGAUUGAGAGUGUGUUAAACAUUAUGCCAUUAAACAUAAGCAUGUCAGCUUUCAUUGUGAGCAUGAUAGCAUGCUAACAUCUGUUAGCCUGAUGUGCACUUAGCUCAAGGCCCUGCUAUGCUUAAGUCUAGCAUCACAGCGCUGCUAACAGGACGUAGAUAACAUGCUUCUUGUUAUGUUGAGCAUGUGUCUACUGUAAGUGUUUCAUUAUUUUACUUUUAUAGAUUUAUUGUGUCUUUGGUCACCCGGCAGGUCUCCAGAACUUUUGAAAUGCUUGAGGUGGGUCACAAUCACAAAUGAAAAUGAAGGUUUGAAACCCUCUUCUGUUAAGUGUUGUGUUACUGUAGUUUUUGUACUACUUUCUUAUAGUUGUAGCAUUUUCUUUUCAGUUAUUUUGUUUGCACUUGCCUUGUAAUUUUACACCACUGUAGUGAGGUAGACAUUUUGGGAAAUACACUUUGUUUUAAGUUAGAUAAGAUCAAUACCAGUCUCAUUUGUGACGGAGUGAGGCUAGUUGUUUCCUUGUUUUACGUCUCCUAGUGGGGACAUCAUAUUUCACAGACAGAUGCCAGAGUGGUGCCAAACCCCUCAUCUAACUCUCGGCAAGAAAGUGAAUAAGUGUGUUUCUCAAAAUGUCAAGUCAUUCUUUUGAUAGCUGAUCUAGUUUUUAGAUCACGCUUGUGAUUGUUGUGUGUUCACGGUUUAGCUGUAGAAUGUUGCUUGGCCUGCUGCAUUGGGUGAGCCCAAUAGCAGUGCUUUGCUUUACUUUAGUCCUUUGUCAAUUCUGGCUGUGGGCAUUGCAGUGGGGUUUAAGGCUGGGUAAGAGGCCCUGUGUCCCCCCUCCACACUUCUAGGCAUGUUGGGUACCCAAACCAGAGACCAACUGUGAAGGGAUGCGGCCAUUUCAACACCGCUGGGCCUUUAAUCCUACCUCUGGCCUCUGUGAGGAUUUCCUCUACUGCACUGGAAACAGCAGCAACAACUUCCCUUCCUUUAAUGCCUGUAGGGACCAGUGCAUGUUGGGUGCGUGCUGCCUCCGCAAACAGCGGCAGGAUCUUCCCUCUGGCCACCAGAAUUACACCUUACAUGGAUACAACAUCUCCUCUGUGAACAGGACUCUCUGGGGAUAUGACCACAAUAAUUUGGAGGAUGAAAUGUUUUACAGCAAUAUAGACUCCAACCGCACUGAGAUGAAAGAUCUUAAAGGAAACCUUCAAAGUGUAGACUGCCGCAGGGACCCUGAUUUCAAUUAUACCUGUGAUUACCUCACCCUAACACAGUGCCAAGCUUUGUUGAAUGACCAAGCUGGAGAGGCGCAAGUAAUGAGCUUCUCCACCGGAGCGAAGUGUACUGACGUAAGUUGUGGUGGAGGUUGUGGUUGCUUCCUUCAACAAAAGCUGUGGAGAUAUGGGGAAUGGUUCAGGCAAGGCUGUGAAGAGUGCACAUGCACACAUAAUGGCAGCGUUGACUGUGUGUGCAGACAUCUGACCCAGCGUAAAGAGAUAAGAGACCUUACACAGAGAGAGAGGAAGUUGUACCAGCGGGCUAUCAGGAAAGUCUAUGCCAAGCCAGCUGUGUGGAAGGGCUUUGCGCUACUGAGAGCUGAGUUCUCCCCUCUGGCCAGUGAUCAUACCUUCUUCCUCCCAUGGCACCGUUACUUCCUACGAUUAGUAGAGCGUGAGCUGCAGUCAGUGUCAUCAUGCAGACUGGCGCUUCCAUAUUUUGAGUGGACAGUGGACUCUGGGUCAAUGAAGUCCUCGGCUGCGUGGCAGGCUGGAUUGUUUGGAAGAGAUGGUGAGCCCGGCUCCAGCUGCGUCCCACAUCACCCUUUCCAGGGCUUGACUUCCCGUUUCCACUGGUCGCCUUGUCUCAGACGCAGUUUCAACUCCUCGGUGUGGCUGCCAGAUGCAGUGACCCUGCAGAGGACUGUAAAUCAGGCAGACUUCCAGGUGUUUUCCCGGUCUCUGCAAACCUUUUCUGGCCUCUUUAGGCUUUGGGUAGGGGGUCACAUGGCUUCCCCUCUGGCUGCUUACGACCCAUUAUACCUGUCUCACAUGGCAUUCAUGGACAAGCUGUGGGCACAAUGGCAAGAUAAACACCAGCAUGGAUCAAAAAGACAAAAUUCCAGGGACGAUAAGGCUCAGAGCAGCAUCCUUUACCCCGCCAGACAGAGGCAUGUGAAGAUAAAGCCUUUUGAUGUUACCCCUGAUGAUGUGAUGUCUUCCCAGCAGCAGAUGUGUAUUGUAUAUGUGCCCAUAACCAUUGGUGCACCUUGUAAUAUAACAUUAUUACAAACACACCCAAGAGGAAGUCCGAAAUUUAAGAAGCGUAGCUUGGACAAACACAACUCACACUCCAAUAGUUUUGUCAUUGGAGGCUUUGACAGCAGUGGUUUUGACCAGCACGGAUAUGAUCGUAAUGGCUAUGACCGGAGCGGUUGGGACAAGUGGGGCUAUGGCAAAGAUGGCUUUAACCGGGACUUUAUUGAUAUGGAUGGAUAUGAUGUAUCUGGUUUCAACCGCUAUGGGUUUAACCGAUCUAAUGUCACCUGGUUUGGCAUGCGUAAAGAUGGCAUGUUUGAGAAUGUGAAAAAGAAAAAGCAUAACGAGACAGAUGAAGAGGAGGAGAGUGAUAAGUCACACAAAGACAAGAUAAUGUCCAAGCUCUUCGGUGACAAAGGCUACAGCAUCUACGGGUUUGAUCCAUUUGGUUUGGAUCGCAGCGGGUUUGACGCAUUUGGCUUUCGAAUGGAUGGUUACGACAAGGACAGUUGCAACUGGUUCUUCAAUGGGCCGCACUACCUGCGGUUCUACUUCCACACCCAGCAGCAGUUGAUGUCAUCCAGUGACCAAGCUUUAAACCGUAUCACCCGUACCUGCCCUCCAAUCUCCUCCCUGCCCCAACACUGGGCCAGACAGGACUGGAUGACCUUUGAUCCAGACAAAAGCAGUGCUCUGAAUAGUCUACUACAGCAGGAAUGGAUGAGACAAAUUAAGCCAGAAAGCGAUGAUAAUGUUACAGCAGCUACUCAAAAUAAGAGCAACGUAUGGCUUCCAAACACAACAGAUCACAGGUUUUGCUUCAAGCUCCACUGGUUCAGCGGCUGUCCCCUUGGCUCUGCGCCUAUCAGCUGCCCUAACCUCUGCAAUCAGGCCCGCUGCCACGUGUACCCCGAGGCUGUCUGCCAUAUGCGCAAUUGUGGUUCCUGUUUCACAGAGUGGCGAGAUGCAACAACUGGAAACCACGUAAUAUGCCAUGGCUGGUAAACACUGGAUCGUUUCCCAGAAAAAUGGAGGAAUAGAGUAUUUUAUACAGCUUUUCACAACAGUGAGAAGAGAACGGACCAUCAUUCGGUACCUGCAUCGUCUCUGUGAGCUCAGAGAAACAGAAAGCACUUCAUCAUAAUGAUGACUGUUGAGAGGACUGAUACUGGAGUAAAAUAGGACAAAGACUCAAUUAUCAAUGUUAUAUUAGCAAAAUGUGCUUUGAAAUCUGUUUUUACCUCAUUACAAGAUUAUCCACCUGUCCCAUCACAUUUACAUUUUGACUCACUCUGUAUCGUCCUUGUAUCUCCUUGAUAUAGGGUGAUAUGGCUAACCCCCACCCCCACACGCAGAUUUGCAAAAUAUUCUAUUUCUGUAGUUUGAAUUUGACUUCAAUUUUAUUUGUGGUGAAUAAAUUCCAUUUCGAAAUCAUCAGUUCAGCAAGUAACAGGCGGCAUGGUGGUGCAGUGGUUAGCAUUGUGGCCUCACAGCAAGACGGUUCCUCUUCGGGAUGGGGUAGCCCUUCUGUGCGAAGUUAGCAUGUUCUCCCCGUCGCAGGAGGGGCUUUCUGUGGGUACUCCGGCUUCCUCCGAAAAUCCAAAGGCAUGCAGGCUAGAUUACCCAUAGGUGUGAAUGUGAGUGUGAAUGGUUGUCUGUCUCUAUGUGUGAUAGUCCAGCGACCUGUCCAGGGUGUACCCCGCCUCUUGCCCAGUGUCAGCUACAAUAGGCUCCAGCACACCCGUGACCCCCAACAGGAUAAGCAGCUACGGAAAAUGAAAUGAAUGAAUGAGUUCAGUAACAUUAGUCUGGAUGUUCCACAGACCACACUGUCAUGAGUUGGUUGGAGCUAUUACUUGAACUAUUUUUUGGUUGAAAGACGUGCACUAAAAACUGUUGACAGUAAGGUUCUGUUUAAUAUGAGCAGUGGAGACAUUGUGUGUGUAAACAGAUAUUGUUACGUUUUUUAGUGCAUUUUUCUAGGCUGUAGGCAAAAUACAAAAUUCCAUUAACCUUGAAUGUAUUCGGAGAAUAUGAAUACAGAGAUGGAAAUCUCAAAAUCUGAACAAAUAAAACCAAAACUUUCUUCUGAGCUAGAUCCCACCAGAGGUCUGUAAAAGAAACUUGACUCUAAAGCUGCUGUAGUCAAUAUUCAUAUACUGAUGUUCAAUCAAAUGCAUACUUUUAUUGUGAGGAGUGUCACUGUUAGUGAUGAACCCACAGAGCAUUGGUUUGGUUUUAUGGCCAUCAGCUUUCCUGCUUUGUUUCCUUUUUACCACUCUCAUUAACUUUGCAGCAGUAAGCUGUGUCUGGCAAAAAAAGGAAAAAAAACUUUCUUUAAACUAGCUGGUGAACAUAGUUAAGCAAGUAGCUGUAUAAGAGCUAGAAGUUUCCCUUAGGAUAUUGUCAUGACUAAAAUUGGAGCUAAAAGAGAGUGAAUGGUGGACUCACAUUCUUCAGGUGGGCAGAAAUAUGACAUUCACCAUAUCAACUUUAUAAGGGAAUAAUUUGUCACUGUUGUGUUUUACAGCUCGUUGUACUGCCCCCAAGUGUCCAAAAAGUCUGUUAAUGCAGGUUUAAAGCAUCAUCCUGUUAGAGUCACAUGAUUUUCCAAUGUUUUAAUUCCAGUGUAUGUUUUAGAGCAGUGGUUCCCAACUGGUGGGUUGCGGACUUGCGAACAUGUAGAGUUUGCAAAAAACACACUUUAUUUUUAAGUACAGUGAAUUUCUGGCACAAAGCUUUUAUUUUGAAGUGCCAUUUCCUGCUGUGGAGUGAGACUGAUGGACAGCUACCUGAUAGAGACAGCAAACUAGCUUAAUGACAAGGCCAACCACAAGUAUGAUGCUGAAUAUAUUAAACAGUGUAGACCUUGAAGUAAUGACUAAGGUGAAAUCUGGACCCGUGGCCGGACCAGUUGGGAUCCACUGUUUUAGAGUACCUUGUCAUUGUAUAGUAACACAGCUGCCAUCAAUUUCCUGGUUGUGCAUUUAAGGUAACUGAGUACAACAGCUUGUCAUAACGGAGUGGAACAAACAAGUGGGACUUUAGUUGAUGUUGGACUGGCCUCAUUAGGGAUCCUCUGACUCUCUUUGUCUCUUUCUCUCCCCUCUCCCACAGAGUUAUGUAAACUUCUGUUCUGCCUAUUGUGCACAUUUUCUUCAUCAGUGUAACGCACAUGUGCCCAAACAGCCCUCUGUCCCCUCUCUCACCCCCUCUGACUAUUCUCUCUGUCACUCUCUGUCUUUUCAUCCAUCCUCCUCUUAAUUGUUUCUGCAUGUAGGCCAGAAGACCCCAAUGGUACCCGGUUGAUACACACUCGGAGACUCACACUCCCACACACACUUUGAUCUCAUGCAUGCUUGGCUUGCUAGAGGAAAUGCCUGUUGGCUGCUGGCACAGUAGGCAGCCUCACUAGCCUCUCUCGCACUCUGUGAUUAUUGCCCUCUCUCACACACAAACACAUUGUCUCUGUCCUUUGGAGAGUUGUCAUUAAAAUAAUUAUCUGCUGAAAUGUCCAAGCUAAGCGAAAAUAAUAUUUGAUGAGCUUCCUGAAAGCCUUUGAUGAAACAAAGCGAUGUUGCUCUUCAGAGUUCGGUAUGUUCUGCACUGUAAACAACGUAAUGGCUCCAAAAUAACAGCCGCAGAAUGCAGGGAAGUUGUUAGGGCCAUGAUCUGAUCCGCUUCUCCUACAGUAAAUCUCUUCCAGUGUUAAUAGACUUGCCGGUGGUAGUCCUUAACAGCUGGAAGGCUGCAGGCACUUGUGGUUACAGUUACGGCCCAUAAAACUUUGUAUGUGUGAGAGAGAGCGAGCACAUGUACAUUACAUCAGAACCACACUGUUUUGUCAUCACUGGAGAGACAGCAGAGCCAGAUGUUCUCCUGUGACCUAGAGUAGAGACCAGGUGAAGAAGGCACCAGCUGUAAUGCUCAAACUUAUUUCCACUUUCCUCUUUUCUAACUUAAACUAUCAGUAUACAUUCCAGCUUUAUCAUAUGCAGACACACAAUCUCAAAAAUGUGUA